AAGCCAGCUGGCUGCGGAAGGCGGUGCAGGAACCCCUUUGGCGAGCUCCUAGGAGGACGUGCCGCAGCGCCGCCUGUCGAUCACCUUGCCCCGCCUCACGUCGGCGCGCCCCCGGGCAAGCUCCUCCCCCAGUCCUGGCCGGGCGGGAAGCGAAAGCGCGCUCUCUCCGGUUACCCUCCGCCUAGGGGAAGGGCGGGGGAAGUGGAAGCGCGCGCUCGUGAGCUGCGUGCUCGCGUACGUCGCCGGGGUACGGCUGCGUCCGUCCCGCCGCCCGUCCGUUGCCGUUGCCGCCGCCGCCGCCGCUGCCGCUGCCGCCGCGCUCUCGCUUUGCCCGCCGCCGCCUGAGGGGGGCUGGGGCCGGGGCCAGCCACCACUGCCGUUGCCGGGAUGCCGCGGGUGUACAUCGGCCGCCUGAGCUACCAGGCCCGGGAGCGCGAUGUGGAGCGCUUCUUUAAGGGCUACGGGAAGAUUCUGGAGGUGGAUCUGAAGAACGGAUACGGUUUUGUGGAGUUUGAUGAUCUGCGUGAUGCAGAUGAUGCUGUUUAUGAACUGAAUGGCAAAGACCUUUGUGGUGAGCGAGUAAUUGUUGAGCAUGCCCGCGGCCCACGGCGAGAUGGCAGUUACGGUUCUGGACGCAGUGGAUAUGGUUAUAGAAGAAGUGGCCGAGAUAAAUAUGGCCCUCCUACUCGCACAGAAUACAGACUUAUUGUGGAGAAUUUGUCAAGUCGGUGCAGCUGGCAAGACCUAAAGGAUUAUAUGCGUCAGGCAGGAGAAGUGACUUAUGCAGAUGCUCACAAGGGACGCAAAAAUGAAGGGGUGAUUGAAUUUGUAUCUUAUUCUGAUAUGAAAAGAGCUUUGGAGAAGUUGGAUGGAACUGAAGUCAAUGGCAGAAAAAUCAGAUUAGUUGAAGACAAGCCAGGUUCCAGACGACGCCGGUCCUACUCCAGAAGCCGGAGUCAUUCAAGGUCUCGCUCUCGAAGCAGACAUUCCCGUAAGAGCAGAAGCCGAAGUGGCAGCAGCAAAAGCAGUCAUUCUAAGAGUAGAUCCCGGUCCAGGUCGGGCUCCCGCUCCCGGAGCAAGAGCCGGAGCCGGAGCCAGAGUCGGAGCCGGAGCAAGAAGGAGAAAAGCAGGAGCCCCAGCAAGGACAAGAGCCGCAGCCGCAGCCGUAGCGCUGGCAAGAGCCGCAGCAAGAGCAAAGACCAAGCUGAAGAGAAGAUCCAAAACAAUGACAAUGCCGGGAAACCCAAGAGCCGGAGUCCUAGCCGGCAUAAAAGUAAGAGCAAAAGUCGGAGCAGGAGUCAGGAGAGGAGAGUGGAGGAGGAGAAGCGAGGGAGUGUGAGCAGGGGCAGGAGCCAGGAGAAGAGCCUCCGCCAGAGUCGGAGCCGGAGCCGGAGCAAAGCGGGCAGCAGGAGCCGGAGCAGGAGCCGCAGCAAGAGCAAGGACAAGAGGAAGGGCAGGAAGAGAAGCAGGGAGGAAAGUCGUAGUCGCAGCCGCAGCCGCAGCAAAAGUGAGAGGAGCAGAAAGCGAGGCAGCAAGCGAGACAGCAAGGCCGGCAGCAGCAAGAAGAAGAAGAAGGAAGACACUGACCGCUCCCAGUCCAGAUCUCCAUCCCGCUCCAUGUCAAAGGAGCGGGAACAUGCCAAGUCUGAAUCCAGCCAGAGGGAAAGUCGAGGGGAGAGUGAGAAUGCUGGCACCAAUCAGGAGACCCGGUCCAGGUCGAGAUCCAAUUCCAAAUCGAAACCAAACCUUCCAUCAGAAUCACGCUCCAGAUCAAAGUCAGCUUCAAAAACCCGAUCUCGGUCCAAGUCUAGAUCCAGGUCUGCUUCCAGAUCACCCUCCCGAUCUAGAUCUAGGUCCCACUCAAGGUCCUAACUGGCUACGGCCACAGCUGGAACUACCCGAGAAGUCUUUUGUACAUGUUUGGUAGCCGUAGCACAAGUGAUUGGAGUAGAACAUGUCACUGCUGUACAUUUUUAACUCCCCUAAUGGUGUGUCUAUAAUUGUUAAAUCUAAGUGCUUCCUCUCAGUAAAGCCUCCUGGCGCCAGGCCUUCCUGCUCGACUGAAAAAAAUUUUCUCUUUGAAAAUCCCCUUUUACUCAUGGCCCACAGUAGAAUAUCCAAAACGCCUUGGCUUUCAGGCCUGGCCUUUCCUACAGGGAGCUCAGUAACCUGGACGGCUCUAAGGCUGGAAUGACCACGUAGGUAGGUAUGGUGAGUUCAACCAUUUUUGCUCUUGAAUUGAUGCCCUUUGAUGUAUGCCAUUUAGUGAAAGUGCUAAGUCUUAAGUUUCCUACCACUUUGGUUUCAUAUUUUUGGACUUAACAAAGUUGUGAAUAGCACAGUCGAGGAAAAUUGAUACCUGCAGUAACCCAUAGGAAAUAAACUGUAGAGUUCCAUAUUCUGGUAUUGUGAUUAUAUUGUUUUAUAUUAAAAAAGAAAAGAAAAGAAUUUUUUUUAAUUUUAUUUUUCCCCGUCUUGCAAAGUAUAGUGACCCCUGUUUCCAUUAAAUUUGAAUAAAGACUAUUUUUGCUUGACAAAA